AUGGCGCUGUUAGUCCAGGCCGUGUCAGUUGCUAUCCCAGCUGCCAUUGGAAACUUGCCGUUGACUUCGUUGCAGGCAUACUCGGCGAGUGUGCUUGUUCCAAUUGCAGGUAUGGCGCCAACAAUCAUGGUCGCGCGUGUCAAUCUCGCGGCAUCAGCCACGGACCUGUAUCCCCAUACACACAAGAGUCCUGGAACGAAUUUACGGUUCCAGUCUCAAGCAACCGACACGGCACAUGGCAGUGUAUGUCAGGUAUUUGAUGGGAUCAAGGUCACGGGGGAGCUUGAAUCAAAGCAGAGUGUUGUAAUUGGGCCCUAA